UCCGCCUCCGGCGCGGUGGUGCUGCCCGCGGGGAUGAUUAACCCUUCGGUGCCGAUCCGCAACAUCCGGAUGAAAUUCGCAGUGUUGAUUGGACUCAUACAGGUCGGAGAGGUCAGCAACAGGGACAUCGUGGAGACCGUGCUCAAUCUGCUGGUUGGUGGAGAAUUUGACUUGGAGAUGAAUUUUAUUAUCCAGGAUGCUGAGAGUAUAACGUGCAUGACAGAGCUUUUGGAGCACUGUGAUGUAACAUGUCAAGCAGAAAUAUGGAGCAUGUUUACAGCCAUUUUACGAAAAAGUGUUCGGAAUUUACAGACUAGCACAGAAGUUGGGCUAAUUGAACAAGUAUUGCUGAAAAUGAGUGCUGUAGAUGACAUGAUAGCAGAUCUUCUAGUUGAUAUGUUGGGGGUUCUUGCCAGCUACAGCAUCACUGUCAAGGAGUUGAAGCUUUUGUUCAGCAUGCUUCGAGGAGAAAGUGGAAUCUGGCCAAGACAUGCAGUAAAAUUAUUAUCAGUUCUUAAUCAGAUGCCACAAAGACAUGGUCCUGAUACUUUUUUCAAUUUCCCUGGUUGUAGUGCUGCGGCAAUUGCAUUGCCUCCUAUUGCAAAGUGGCCUUAUCAGAAUGGCUUUACCCUGAACACUUGGUUUCGUAUGGAUCCAUUAAAUAACAUUAAUGUUGAUAAGGAUAAACCUUAUCUUUAUUGUUUUCGUACUAGCAAAGGAGUUGGCUACUCUGCUCAUUUUGUUGGGAACUGUCUAAUAGUCACAUCACUGAAGUCCAAAGGAAAAGGUUUUCAGCACUGUGUGAAAUAUGAUUUUCAACCACGCAAAUGGUAUAUGAUCAGCAUUGUCCACAUAUACAAUCGAUGGAGAAACAGUGAAAUUCGAUGCUAUGUGAAUGGACAGCUAGUAUCCUAUGGUGAUAUGGCUUGGCAUGUUAACACAAAUGAUAGCUAUGACAAGUGCUUUCUUGGAUCCUCCGAAACUGCUGAUGCAAAUAGAGUAUUCUGUGGUCAACUUGGUGCUGUGUAUGUAUUCAGUGAAGCACUCAACCCUGCACAGAUAUUUGCAGUUCAUCAGUUAGGACCUGGAUAUAAGAGCACCUUCAAGUUUAAAUCUGAGAGUGAUAUUCAUUUGGCAGAACAUCAUAAACAGGUUCUAUAUGAUGGAAAACUUGCAAGUAGUAUUGCAUUUACGUAUAAUGCCAAGGCCACUGAUGCUCAACUAUGCCUGGAAUCCUCACCAAAGGAAAAUGCAUCAAUUUUUGUGCAUUCCCCACAUGCUUUAAUGCUCCAGGAUGUGAAAGCUAUAGUAACACAUUCAAUUCAUAGUGCAAUUCAUUCAAUUGGAGGGAUUCAAGUGCUUUUCCCACUUUUUGCCCAACUGGACAAUCGACAGCUCAAUGACAGUCAAGUGGAAACAACUGUCUGUGCUACUCUUUUGGCUUUCCUGGUUGAACUGCUUAAAAGUUCGGUAGCCAUGCAAGAACAGAUGCUGGGUGGAAAAGGCUUUUUAGUCAUUGGCUACUUACUUGAAAAGGUAAGUGAUAUGUAA